AUGCCUAUUGACUAUUUAGAAGACGAAGGUUUAGCGAAGAAUCCGAAUCUCAAGUUGGCACAAUGGAAAUUUCGUCUGAGCCUGCAUGAUCGACGCUUCAAUAAGGAACUACAGAAGCAGUUACUGGAGGCAAUUAAAAGUGGAGAAAUGGCACCAAUUUAUGAAGAAUGGUGCAAGAGCUUAAAAUGGACUGUUGAUGAAGAACUGUUGUCUAGACUAAAGCAGCUUAAUAUGGAAAAACUCAAACAACUUGACGAUGAAAUUGAAGAUGCAGAGAAGAAUUUAGGGGAAAUGGAAGUUCAGGGAGCGUACAUGAAAAAAUCAGAAUACCUAUGCACUAUUGGAGCAAAGGAUGAAGCAGUGAAAAAUUUUCAAAUUACAUAUGAUAAAACUGUAUCUCUUGGCCAGCGGUUGGAAAUUGUGUUUUACUUAAUUAGAAUUGGCUUUUUCUAUUGGGAUCAUGACCUGAUUACAAGAAAUAUUGAUAAAGCAGAAAGCUUAAUUGAAGAAGGUGACAGUUGGGAACAUCGCAACCGGAUGAAAGUUUACAAAGGAAUAUAUUCUAUGAUGAAAAGAGAUUUUAAAAGCGCUGCUAACUCGUUUUUGGACUCAAGUUUAACUUUCACUUGUUAUGAAUUGAUGGAUUAUCAUGAGUUUAUCCGUUACAUUGUACUAAUGGGUGUGAUAUCUGUGCCUCGAAAUGAACUUAAGGAGAAGAUUAUAAAAAACUCUGAAGUUUUGGAAGUUUUGCAUAACGACCGUUUCAUGAAAGACUAUGUGAUGUCUCUAUAUGACUGUCAUUAUGCGGAAUUCUUCAAAAAUCUUGCUCAAGUGGAAGACUUUCUUAAGCAUGAUUAUUACCUUAGCCCUCACUAUCGUCACUAUAUACGAGAAAUGCGACUGAGAGCAUAUACCCAAAUUUUGCAAUGCUAUCAAAGCUUGACUUUGGAUUUUAUGGCAGAUACAUUUGGAGUAACUGCUGAAUUCAUAGACAAAGAACUAUCAAGAUUCAUAUCUGACAGAAGAGUUGAUGGUAAAAUUGAUAAAGUUAGCAACAUUGUUGUGACUGAUCAUCCUGAUGCAAAGAACUGGCAAUACCAAGAAAUAAUUAGACAAGGGGACACAUUACUAAACCGUGUUCAGAAGCUCUCUCGAGUGAUUAACAUAUGAUCCUGCAAUUAUUCUACACUGCUGCAAGUGAAUAUAGAUUGUCUGAAUCAUCCAUUGCAAAAUAUUGUGCAGUUACCCUCCUUCAUACAAUUUCUGUGAUUCGUAAUGAAUGUGAAUUUUUAUAGAAACAUAUUGUUCAAUGUCUACCUCCAUUAGCUACUAUCAGUUAUACUCCCAUUUUUUACCUUGGAAAACAAUAGUUGCAAUGAACAAAAAUGAGAGGAGUCAACAAUUCACCGGAAGAUGAUUAAUGAUGGCACAUAGGCAAAUGUAACA